AGGACGGGGAGGACGGGUUGGGUGUGCGGCCGGGGAGCGGCUGCUGGCGCAGCGUGGGGUCCCGGCCCCGGUGCAGCUCCUCGGGGGCCCCCUCUGCACGGGGGCAGCCCCACUCCUCCCCACCCCGCCCGGCGGGGGGGCGGCGCGGACUGACUUGUUAGUCUGCGUUCUCGUUCACCUCCAGCUCCUUAGACCCCCCGCUGCGGCCGGACACGCGUGUGGGGAAGGAGAAAAACGGGGAGAUCCCCUUGACUUGGCUAGCAGACAGCAACAGACUGGCUUGCACCUCUCCGGUGGUUCUGGUAAACUAGCUAGCCUACUAGAGAAGAUGACUCAACUUGUCAAAACCUUUCGGAACCAUUGGAAGAAAACUACAUUUGGUGCCUGCCUGUUGACCUGGGGAGGACAUUGGCUGUAUGGAAAACACUGUGAUAACCUACUAAGGAGAGCAGCCUGUCAAGAAGCCCAGGUAUUUGGAAAUCAACUCAUUCCUUCCAAUGCACAAGUGAAGAAGGCAACUGUCUUUCUCAACCCUGCAGCUUGCAAAGGAAAAGCCAGAAAUCUUUUUGAAAAGAAUGCUGCCCCAAUUUUACACUUAUCUGGCAUGGAUGUGACUGUAGUCAAGACAGAUUAUGAAGGACAAGCCAAGAAGCUGUUAGAAUUAAUGGAAAACACAGACAUGAUCAUUGUCGCAGGUGGAGAUGGAACUCUGCAGGAGGUUGUUACUGGACUUCUUCGAAGAGUAGAUGAGGUUACCUUCAGUAAGAUUCCCAUAGGAUUUAUCCCACUGGGACAGACCUGCAGUUUGAGCAGUACACUCUUCCCCGAAAGUGGAAACAAAGUCCAGCACAUUACAGAUGCCACGCUGGCCAUUGUGAAAGGAGAAACUAUUCCACUUGAUGUGCUGCAGAUCAAGGGAGAAAAGGAACAGCCUGUGUUUGCAUUAUCUGGUCUCAGAUGGGGAUCCUACAGAGAUGCAGGAGUCAAAGUUAGCAAGUACUGGUAUCUUGGACCAUUAAAAACCAAAGCUGCUCACUUUUUUAGUACUCUUAAGGAGUGGCCUCAGAUACAUCAGGCCUCCAUCUCGUAUGUGGGACCCACUGAGAGACUGCCCAGUGAACCAGAAGAAAAGCCUCCCAGGCCUGCUUUAUACAGGAGGAUAUUCCGAAGGCUUGCAUCGUACUGGACUCGUCCUCAGGAUGCCAUCUCCCAGGAGGUAAAGCCAGAGGUCUGGAAAGAAGUGCAGCUGUCCACCCUUGAAUUAUCCAUCACAACACGGAACAGUCGACCUGACCUGACGGGCACAGAAGAUUUCAUGAACAUUUGCAUUGAACCAGAUACUGUCAGUAAAAGUGACUUCAUAAGUAUAGGAAGUCAGAAGAUGAGAGACCCUCACACGUGUCCUGAAGGCUCCGAGUACCUCCAAGCCAGCCGGUGUACGUUGCUUCUUCCUGAGGGAACAGGUGGCUCCUUCAGCAUUGACAGCGAAGAGUAUGAAGCCAUGCGUGUGGAGGUGACGCUGCUGCCCAAGAAGCUCCAGUUCUUUUGUGACCCACGACAGAGGGAGAAGAUGCUCCAGGUGCCUGUGCAGUGA